AUGUCACAAAGUGAAGAACAUCUUAAUAAACAGAAAACAGAAAAAGAAUGUGAAAGUGAUACUGUCUGUACAAAUAAAUUGAGUUGUAUAGACACUCAUGAAAAUAAUCAUAUAAAUUCAUUAAAUACUAAUGAAAGCCAAGACACAAAAUUUGAACACGAAAUUGAAAUGGGAAAUGUUGAUGAACAUGAAGUUAAUUUGAGAGAAGAAGGUUUAACUCAAUUAAAUGAAGUACCUCAUACAGGAAAUGAACAACAACCAAACGACCAAAAUAAUAAUAAUAAUGAUGGUGAUAAUGAUUAUAUAAAUAAUGACUAUGAUUCUGGUUUUGAGUCUUAUAUAGUAGUUAUAUUAUUCUUUUUCUUUAGUCAUAUUUUUUAUACUUUAUUUAUUAUAGUUGAUUUCAUUCAACAUUAUCAUUUAACUGAGUUAGUUAAACAAUAUGUAAAUACUGGAGAAAAUAAAAUAAGGAUAUUAGUAUAUUGUAUUCCUUCUAUGUUAUUAUUUAUUAUAAAGGUGUGGCAAAUAGGAAUAGCUGAUAUGAUAGAUAUUACUGUUAUUCCAAAUUCUUUUAGUGAUUUAUUCAUUCAUUUAUAUCUAUGUGACUGUAUUUAUCGUUAUAUAAAUUAUUAUCUAAAAUUUUUAACAAUAUUUUUAGUUAAAAAUAUAUUAUUAUUAUGUAAAUUACUCUCUAUGAUAGAAUCACUUACUUUGUCUAUAAGAGUUAUUCUUCCUACUUUUAUUAUUUAUAACUAUCUUAUUUCAUACACUUCAAUAACCAAUCAAUGGAUUAGUUAUAUUGUUAUAUAUCCAAUAACAUGGCUUUAUGUGUUUGAACGUUGUCUUGGAUUUGUUAAUUUUCUUUCUUGUUUCUUUAAAGUUCUUAAAACCUUUUUCACUCAAAACAAUAUGUUUGGUACUUCAGUAACCGUAGAUUCAUUAGAAGACAAAAUGUGCUUAAUUUGUCAAGACACAGUUAAUCGUCCAAUUAAGUUAAAAUGUGGUCAUGUUUAUUGUGAAGAAUGUAUUUUUAAAUGGCUUAUUCAACAACCAAGAUGUCCUAUGUGUAGAGAAUUAGUAAUACAACCACAGACAUUUGUUGGUUUUAAUGGAAAUACUCGUUUUGUUCCGGCACUAUACUUUUUCUAA